GGAGCUUUUGUGGGAAAAAGCGGCACGCGCUCGCCCCAGCGUCGUCGGGGCGCUGCAGCCCAUCUGUCGAGUUCCUGCAACGAACGUCGAGCGGCCGUGCGCAGCAUAUCCAACAAGACAAGAGGGCAGCCCAAGAGAAUGCCCCAAGAGGGCUGGCUGUGGGAGAGGAAGGGGGGCACUUUGUGGGGCAGCACAUGGAAAAGGCGCUGGUGCGAGGUGAAUGGAGGGCGACUUCGCGUCUACGACGCGAACAAGGCCAGGGAAGUGGCGACGAUCCACAUCCGCGCCGGAACGACGCUGAUCGAUCGACUGACCGAAGACGAGGUGCGGCGUGUGGGACGAGCGCCGCAGGCCGGUGCCGCCGCGGUCUACUUCCGCCUCGUGGACCGCGUGGGGGGCCGCAGUCCGGACUUCGCGGCCGAGUCCGAGGCGGACGCGGCGCGGUGGAUCUCGGCGAUCACGCCGACGCCCGUCGGGGACCUCCUAAGCUUCGACGUGCCGGCGCCGGUGCCGCCUCCGCCUCCGCUGCGGCCGUCGCUCUCGCAGCCACCGCCGCCGCAGCCGCCGCAACCGACGCGCCAGGCCUCCGAGCCCGUGCUCGCGACGGGCCGGGUCCUCGCGACGGUCGCCCACGCCUGGGAGGCGAACGAGCCGUGGCAGAUCGACGCCGACGCCGAGGAGGUGGUCGAGGUCCUGGGCGGGCCGGACCAGGACGGCUGGGUCGAGGUCCACAGCCCGCGCCGCGGCGGCAGCGGAGCGAUCCCGGCGAGCUACCUCGCGUCGACGGCGCCCGCCGCGCCCGCCGCGGUGGCCGAGGCCUGGGAAAGGGCGACCGAGACCGCAGCGCGGCCACCGCGGCCGGACUUGCCGCGGCCAGAUUUCCCGGAUCAGCCCCUGCUCUCGCAGGGCUCGUCGCCCGGAACGCCGCAGGCGGGCGUCCCGCUCGAGCCCGAGGCGCCGGCCCCCCAGUCGCCGCGCGAGCAAUACUUUGCCCUCGUCGCAGCCGUCGUCGCCGAGGGCCUCGUGCACCGCGACGGCGCGAACCUCGUCGACGACGCGGCGGCGCGGCAUGGCUUUGGCGCCUCGGAGCUUGAGGCCGCGCUGCGGUCCUGCGGCUGGACGGUCGACGAGUGGAGUCGCGGGCCUGAAUAUGCCGAGGUCCUCGAGGGCGCGCUGGCCGACGGCGAGCCGAACCUCGACGACCGAGCGAUGGUCCUGGACUUCGAGCGCGAGCGCGGCGUGGAGCCGCGGGAACGCACGCGCGCGCUGCGGGGCCUCGGCUGGAGCGAUGACGACAUUUUCCCGGACCAGCCGUCGCCUAGCGCGUCGUCGACGCGGACGCGGUCGCUGCGGUCGGCGGCGUCGGCGUCGCACUCGCGCGCGGUACAGCUCGCGCUCAGCGACGUCGCCGCGGCGACGAAUCAUUGGCGGUCACGCGAGCUCGGGCAGGGCGGUUUUGGAAGGGUCUACGAAGGACAAUUAGCACGCUUCGGCCGCGUCGCCAUCAAGCGCCUGGAGAGCAGUGGCGGCCAAGGCGAGCGGGAGUUCCUAGCGGAGCUCGAGAUGCUCGCCGGGUUGCGGGACGCGCGCCUCGUGCGGUUGUUGGGGUACGCCGCCGAGGGCCAAGAAAAGUGCCUCGUGUAUCAGUACCUCGCCGGCGGGACGCUCGAGGCGCGCCUGCACGGCACGGCGACGGCGCCGAUGACCUGGAUCCACCGCCUCCAGUGCGCCGUCGAGGUGUCGCAGGCGCUCUAUUAUCUGCACCACUGCGCGCACCGAGACACGAACGAGGCCAUCGUGCACGGCGACAUCAAGAGCGCCAACAUCCUCUUCGACGCGGCGGGCGCCGCCAAGCUCGCGGACUUUGGCAUGGCGCGGCGCAUGGAGGGCGACCUCCAGCACACGAUGACGCUGGCUGGGUCGAAGGGCUACUUGGACCCCCACUACGUCGCGCACUGUGUGGAAAUCAAAUUUCACGAUUACUUCCGCUCGAUGGCGCGGAGUUCACGCCAAUGACGCGACGUUGUCCCCGUAACAGCGGCGGCUCGAGCGAUGGCGUGGAGGUUGAUGAAGGUCUCCGCAAUAAGAGUAACCUAACACAGGUCACACACGGGCGCCUGGGACCGACGUCGGACGUGUACUCGUUCGGCGUGGUGCUGCUCGAGCUGCUGACGGCGGAGCGCGCCUUCCAGCCGACGCGGCCCUCGCCCAACUUGGUCGGGCACUGCUUCUCGGAGGCGGGCGCGCCGCGCGUGACCCUGGACGCGUCGCUGGACGCGCCUUCUGCCUCGACGAAGGGCCUGGUCGACGUCGCGCGGCGCUGCACCCGGGCCGACGUCGGCGAGCGCAUGACGCUGGAGCAGUGCAUCGAGCAGCUCGUCAUGUUGGAGUCGUCCGAGAGCGAGCGCCAGGCCGCCGCCGCGGCGUUCCGCGCCGCGCCGCCGGUGCCGCCGCGCGUCCUCGUUUCUGCCGCAACAACGCGGAGCAGCGAGGCUUCUGCCUCGUUCCGGGACCGGCCGCUGCGCGUGCUGGCCGUGACCCUGAACUGCGGCGACGCGCCCCUCAAGGCGGUGGAGCUGCGCGCGUUCCUGCGGCACGGCCGCGUCGCGCGCCGCGGCACGCGGGACGUGCUGGCGGACGUCGUCGCCGUGACGCUCCAGGAGGUGAAGCUCGGCAGUUCGUUUGCAAGAGUCGGCGAACUGAUCGAGGCCCACCUGAGCCAGCACGAGCGCGUCCCGAACGCCUGCAUCGCGCACCUCCAGGCCCGCAUGUUCUUGCUCGUGUUCCGGAGGAGAGACGUCGCGGUUUCCGACGCGACGCACGGCCGCGUCAUCGCCGGAGGCCUCGUCAAGGGCGCCUGCUGCGCGGCGCUGACGUGCGCGGUCGCGGACAAGAGCUACCGCCUCGCGUUCGUCGGCUGCCACUUGCCGGCGCACGAGGGGAAGCUCGAGAAGCGCAACGGUGCCUUGCGGCAGAUCCUCGACGCGUUCCAAUCGUUUCUAUCCGGCGAGGCCGUCGUCUUCACGUUCGGCGAUCUGAACUACCGCAUCAACACGACCUACGUCGACGCCCUGAAAGACGCGGACGCGUGGGCCACCGUCGUGCGCUUGACGACCGGACGGAGCGUCCCGCGCCUCGCGGCGCUCGACGAGCUCACGCGGCAACCGCAAGUGAACAUCGACGCGUGCGGUUUAGCCGCCUUCUGGACGCCGGCGCUGAGCUUCCUUCCGACGUUCAAAUGCAUCAAAGGCGUCGCCGGCCUCCGAUAUAACAGGAAGCGCGUGCCGAGUUAUACGGACCGCGUGCUCUUCCGGCCCGGCUCGACUACGGACGUGACUUGUGUCGCGCACGAGAACGCGCCGGCGGUGACGUCGUCGGACCACAAGCCCGUGUCGGCCGCCUUUGAGAUUUCGGCGGGCGAGCUCCAGUGUGCACAAUUCGAAUCGGCAACGUCGCGUCGACAUCGUCGACGCGUCGACGAGAAUGUCCCACGCAGGCUUCGGGAACGUGCACGGUGACAUUGUAGAUCUGGCGACGAGCGGCGGCGCGGCGCCGGCGUUUCCGCCGGUCGAGGACGACCUCCAGCUGCCGGCGCAGCCCAAGGACGUGUCCGAUUUGAGAAAGGGCGACGUCGUGGCCUUCGACGAGGCGCACCUGCCGGGGCACGAGGCGUUCCCUUGCGUGAAACUGAAGCAACUCGGUGCGGCGGUGGCCAAGGUCCUUCAACGAAACGUGAAGGCGUCGUUUUACCAGGGGCUCAGCGCGCUGGCCGACCGACUCAUUCUGAGGCGGCCCAUCGUGCGCUGCAUCGUCGUGGUGCAGGACCGAAUACUAGUAGUUGACACGCGCGGCCGGACAGCGCUCAACUACGGCGGCACGGGGACCGUCAAGUCGAACCGCCACGUCUCGACCUUCUCGCACGCGUCGUACCCGCGGACGAAAGAUAGGGACGUCCUCGCGCUCCACUUUCGCAAUCCCCCAAAGGCGAACUGGUACCAGGUAGCUCAAUCGACGGGCCUGCUCCAGGCGAUCCAGCGGCGGCGGGCGUCCUUCGAGGUCAUGUCCGACCAGCCCUCGCGCUACGCGGCGUGAUCUCUCUUUGCUUUUCUCUAACUUUAUCUAACAGUC